AUGCCCGAACAUGCCGAAGCACCAAUCAGUGCGGCGGGAGGUGUCUUGGAAGUGUCUAAACCCAAGGACGGAGACCAUGUCACGGAACAGCCAUACGAAAUUGCCAGUGAUAAACAGGCAAAGGAUCUGCCACGUGAAAUCCAUGGCACAGACAGCGAUGAGGAUUCCUUAGGAUCCCCACGUGAUGAGGAUGCCGAAUAUGUCAACGGGCACCCCGUCAUUCAGAAUGGUUUCGAUGUAUCAAAAUACAUUGUAUCUCUGCGAGAUGAUGGAGAUCCUGCUCUCACUUUUCGUUCGAUCGUUCUGGGCACGGCGUUCACUGCUCUGUCCAGUGCGAUUACCAUUCUUUAUACCUUCAAGCCUACUGAGAUGACGGUGUCUGGUAUCUUUCUGCAACUUCUCGUCUACGUUGUCGGCCAAGCGUGGGCUCUUCUUACCCCCAAGCCGGAGAGAUUCAGGGGCAAAUGGCUGCAGAAUACGCUUCGCUUUCUCAAUUUUGGACAGCCCUUCGGCAUCAAAGAACAUGUGGUUGCCGCCUUGAUCGCCUCGUCCGGGAACAACGGUCUCUCUGGAGUCGAGGUGUAUGCUGUCGAAAGGCUGUUCUACAACAGAAGUGUAUCUGCGACCACUGCGGUUCUGGGUACUUUUUCGAUUUCUCUCUGUGGAUUCGUCCUGGCAGGCGUGCUGCGCGCGCUGAUUGUUUAUCCUGCAGAAAUGGUGUACUGGUCCACGUUGCCUCAAGUGGUGCUCUUCCAGAAUCUCCACUUUGACAAGCAUGCCAACAGGCGCCGUCUCAUCAAAUUUGGCUGGGCUCUUGGUCUUUCUGCUCUGUGGGAGAUAUUUCCUGCGUACAUUAUGACUUGGUUUAGCGGCAUCUCUAUUUUCUGCCUGGCCUCUAUGCAUGCCCCUGCACACAUUGGAUCCGUCUUUUCUUCCGUCUUUGGAGGAGCUUCGUCCAACGAAGGCUUGGGCCUGUUGAAUUUCGGCUUGGACUGGCAAUAUAUCCAGAGCACAUACCUUUCGUUGCCGUUCAAGCAACAGCUAAACAGCUGGAUUGGCUACGUGAUAUGGUAUGUUGCCAUGCUUGGACUCUACUACGGAAACGCCUGGAACGCGCAAAACUUCCCCUUCAUGUCCACUUCUCUCUUCAAGAGCGACGGCAGCCGGUUCUCCGUGACAUCGAUUUUGAACAGCAAUGGCCUAAUCGACUACGCCAAAUUCAAGGAAGUGGGUCUGCCGUAUCUCACUUCCAGCACCGUUUGGGGUUACUUCACCCAGAACCUGGCCAUUGGCGCCCUGAUCACACACGUCCUCAUCUUCUUCGGUAAAGACAUGUAUGUUGCCUGGAAGCAGGCACGCGCCAGAACCCAGCCAGACCCGCACUACCAGGCCAUGCUCAAGUACAAGGAAGUGCCCAUGUGGUGGUACUUUGCGCUCUUUGUCCUGGCCUUUUUCGCCGGCCUGAUUGUCAACAUCAAAGGCGAAACCACCCUGCCGGCCUGGGGCUACAUCAUCGCUCUCCUUCUCGGCGCCUUCAUCGCCCCCUUUUCGUGCGUCCUGUACGGCCUCUACGGCAACGGCGUCGCCACCAACCAGCUCUCCAAAAUGGUCGGAGGCGCCAUCCACCCCGGCCGCCCCCUUGCCAAUCUCUACUUUGCCAGCUGGUCGCACCAGGUCAUCUUGCUCUCGGUCAAUCUCGCCAACUGGCUCAAAGUCGGCCAGUACACCAAAGUGCCCCACCGCGUCAUGUUCGGCACCCAGAUCUACGGCACCCUCCUGGGCGCCGGCCUCAACUACGCCAUCAUGACCACCGUCGUGACCAACCAGCGCGAGAUCCUGCUCGACCCCAAGGGCAACAGCGUCUGGAGCGGCUCCAUCAUGCAGAGCCUCAAUUCCCAGGCCGUCACCUGGGCCCUGGCAAAGGACGUCUACGGCAUCAAUGGCCGCUACCUCAUCGUGCCCCUCGGUCUCCUGAUCGGUCUGGCCCUGCCCGUGUUCCACUGGGGUCUGAUCAAGCUAUUUCCACGAAUCCAGAAGUGGCCUCUCAAUACCACAAUCAUCAUCUCCUAUGCCGGCUUGCAGUAUUACGGAAACACGUCCUGGAUCUGGUCCUCCAUUGCCGUCGGCGUCUUUUCUCAGUUCUGGCUCCGACGCCGCAUCCCCCGCAUCUAUAACAAAUAUAAUUACCUCAUUGGUGCCGCCCUGGAUGGUGGCUCCCAGAUUGUCAUUUUCAUUCUCUCCUUUGCGGUCUUUGGCGCCUCGGGCAAAGAACAUCCCUUCCCGACCUGGUGGGGAAAUCCCAACGGCAAUCCGGAUCAUUGUCAGUAG